AACAAAUUGCGGGACGUAACAUCAUGGCGUUUGCAGAUCAGGUAGCAUUGGCAAGAAUCACCUACUACAUGAGAGAAGGCUUUUAUCAACAAGUUCAGAUAACAGUCCUCGAGUGCUUGACAAAGUAUGGCACAGAUCCGGUGCUCGUCUUCUGGAAAGCAGUCGCAAUGAUAAUGGAAGAUCGAAUUGCAGAAGCCAUGCGUGAGCUGCAGACGAUUAGGGACAAGCGAGACGUAAUUUUGUGUACUUCGAUGGCACUUGUUUAUGCACACAAACAGUGUGCUACAGUCGAUAAUGAAGCUGUGCAGGAAUUGGAAUCAAAACUAAAACUUGAAAGGAAAACUUGUGGCGAGAAGGCUUUGUAUAUGGCUGGUCAGUUUUUAUGGCUUACUGGCAGACAUGACAAAGCAAGGGAGUACAUUGAUAGAAUGCUGAAGAUGUCACCAGGAGACGCGGAGGGUGCGACACUGCGUGCAUGGGUAGACUUGACGUGCGGUCGUGAUAGCUACGUGAAGAAGUCAGGCAAGUUAUUUGAAGAGGCUCUGGGAAUGUCUGGAUCAACAAAGCUGAUUGAUUCAUUGCUGGGAAAGACCAAAUACCUUGAAAUGAGACACAACUACAGCGGAGCACUGGAAAUGAUUAACCAGACAGUCGUGUCGUAUCCUGGAUUUAUUCCGGCUCUCAUUGAGAAGAUGCGCAUUCAGUUGGCGUUGCAAGAUUGGGAUCAAACUGUAGAGACAGCUCAAAGAGCUCUUGAUAAAGAGGGUCAUUGCAUUGAAGCUGUUCGUAUGAUUAUCCUCUGCCAGUUGUGUCAGGAAGGUCAGUACACGGAGGCGGCCGCUCAACUCGGAGAUCUCAUUCAAUUGGUGGACAGAUUUGAGCCGAAGAAUCAUCGAUUGUAUUACGAUUUAUCACAGUGUUUUUGCAGAGUGGCGGGAAGGCAGCCUCUUGUUUUGCAACAGACAUUGACGUUAGUAGAAAGAGCGCAAUCGUUGGCUCCUAGAAAUGCCGAGUAUGCUACAGAGAGGGCAUAUGAAUUGAUGCUUCUGCAGCAAGUGAAAGAAGCAGUGAAAGCAUACAGAGCAGCUAUGAAACUGGAUGAGACGAGUGUUGUUGCUCUGACGGGUGUGAUUCAUUGUCAGUUGUUGGAAGGACAAUUAGAAGAUGCUGAACAGCAGUUGGAGUUUCUUCAAGAAGUACAGGCGUCGGUUGGGCAAUCUGCUGACCUUCUCUACCUUUCAGCCAUUCUGGCACACAAGAAAGGUGAGGGAGCAGACAAAGUGAUGGAACUUCUUAAUAAUACAAUCGAAUGUCAUUUCAAGUCUCUGAAGGGUUUGCCUCUUGGGCCGAAGUAUUUUGAGAAAUUGAAUCCGGACUUUUUGUUGCAAAUAGUGAAGAGUUAUCUUGUUUAUGCACCGAGUGAGGUUCUUGUUCCAGGUCAUACGCCGUCUGACGUUCUCACUCGUUGUAAUGGUAUUCUUGAUCCGCUAACUAGAGCAGCACCAGGCAUAUUGGAAGGAGUUUAUUAUUUGGCGAAAGUCAAGUUUCUGAUGGGUGACAUAUCAGGAGCUCAAAUGACCGUACAACACUGUUUGGAUCACGAUGCAACAUACUCCGAUGCUCAUUUACUCUCGUCACAAAUUUUCCUUGAACAGGGAAACUUCAAGCAAGCUGGACAGUCUUUAGAAGUGGCACUUAGUUAUAAUUUUGAGGUCAGAGAGAAUCCUUUGUAUCACUUGGUAAAAGCUCGAAUCCACAAGCAGAGUGGCGAACUGACCGAAGCAUCACGCACUCUCAGCUCGGCACUUAGCAUACCCGGAAUUAAGAAACCUGUUGCUGGAGCAAAAUUGCCUUCCAAAUCGAAGGCAAAAACUCCAUCGUUGAGUGAUCGAGUGACCAUGUAUCUGGAAUUAGCUGACACACAUCGUUUGCUCAAUCAAUCUCAUGAGGCGGCGAAGGUGAUGCAAGACGCUAUUCAUGAGUUUUCUGGGACUGCGGAAGAAAUCAGGGUGACUAUUGCAAAUACAGACUUGGCUCUUGACAGAGGAGAGAUAGACUACGCUCUCCAAAUGCUACAAUCAAUUACUCCAGACAAAGCGUACUAUCCUCAAGCUGUGGAGAAAAUGGCAAAUAUUUAUUUGUAUCAUCGUAAAGAUCGUCAAAGAUAUGCUGGUUGUUAUCAACAGCUUGUGGAGAAGAGGCAGGAUGCUCAUAGCUAUCUUCUUCUGGGAGAUGCUUUCAUGAAAAUACAAGAGCCUGAUCGAGCAAUUGAAGUGUACGAAACGGCACUAAAGAAGAAUCCACGUGAUGGACCAUUGGCCAGUAAAAUUGGCAAGGCAUUGGCCAAGACACACAACUACUCAAAGGCAAUCAACUAUUAUGAAACUGCAUUGAGAUCGGGUGGACCGUCUGUUUUGCGCUAUGACUUGGCUGAACUUCAUUUGAAGUUGAAACAGCACGCAAAGGCGGCAAAGGUGUUAAAUGCAGCCUUAGAAGAACAACACUCUGAAGAUUUGCCGAUGAUGAUUGAUGAAGUACGUUUCCUCAUGCUCUUGGCUCGCGUCAAUCAACAGACAGGUGACCUGGCUGGAGCAGUACAAACACUCGCAAGAGCUCGUGAUGUGCAAGCCAUUGUUGUGUCACGCACAGCAACAGAACAAUCAGAUGCUGUUGCUAAGCAAAAGAGCCUUGCUGGAAGUAUCUGUUGCCAAAUGGCUGAACAUAGCAUUGCUAUAAAGGAGUUUGAUAAAGCAAUCCAGCUGUAUAAAGACGCUUUGAUACAGAACGAGAAAGAUGACAGGAUCAUGCUUGCACUGGCAAAACUGCAUCUGUCGUUGGAUAAUUUGGACGCUUGUCAACAUCAAUGUCUCACGAUGUUAAAAAUGAACAAAGACAAUGAUGCAGCUACAGUGAUGAUGGCCGAUCUUAUGUUUCGUAAAGGCCAAUAUGAGUCAGCAGCAUUUCAUUUUCAGCAAUUGCUUCAGAGAAAACCAGAUCACUAUGAGGCUUUAUCAAGAAUGAUCGAGCUUCUGUACAGGAAUGGGCGACUCAAAGAAAGUGAAAAGUUUCUUGAUCAGGCCGAACGAAUUUUACGACGUCCUUCUGAAGAUGCCGGUCUUCAAUACUGCAAGGGACUUGCUAACUGGCGUAUGAAUAAACCAACAGUUGCGUUGAAGCUUUUCAACUUGGCAAGGAAAGACAGUCAAUGGGGUGAAUUGGCGACGAUUAAUAUGAUAGAGAUCUGUUUUAAUCCUGACAAUGAGACAAUCGGGGGCGAGGCAUUUGAGUCCGUUGAAGGAGAUGGAAGUGGAGGAACGGAUAAGAGAGAUUCAGAAAUGGCUGCCGUUGCAACAGCAGAAAAGCUACUGAAGGAGCUGAGACCGGAGCUGAGACCAAAGCCUGGAUCUCAACAGAUGACUGUUCUAGAAGCUUUCUGUUUUCUGGCAACGAAAUCAAAGCCAAACGUUGAGAAAGCACUGAAUAUGUUCAUGGAGAUUGCAGCAGCUGAACGAGAUCACGUGCCGGCGUUGUAUGGCAUGGCAGCUGCCUACAUGGUACUGAAACAGACGCCGCGGGCUAGAAAUCAACUCAAACGGAUUGCCAAGAUGUCGUGGACAGCCGAGAAUGCUGACAAGUUUGAGAGGAGUUGGUUGUUGCUGGCAGACAUUUAUAUACAGUCCGGAAAGUUUGACAUGGCAACAGAACUGUUAAAACGUUGUUUAGAUCAUAACAAGUCAUGCUGGAAGGCCAGUGAAUACAUGGGAUAUAUAAUGGAGAAAGAGCAAUCGUUUAAAGAUGCAGCAAUGCAUUAUGAGAACGCAUGGACCAAUGGAAAUCGAAACAAUCCAGCAGUAGGAUACAAGCUUGCAUUCAACUACAUGAAAGCGAAACGAUUUGUGGAUGCUAUAGAUGUUUGCCAUCAGGUGCUAGCCACUCAUCCUGCAUAUCCAAAGAUCCGACGGGAAAUUCUUGAAAAAUCACGUUUACAUAUUCGUGUGUAGGUCAGAAUGCAAUCUACUCUGAAUCUGUAUUUACGUAUAUAUUGCCUCAUUUGAGCCAAACAGUCGGCUAACGAGGGUGACACAGUUACCAUUGUAUGCACGUGUAUUAUACUCUCGUACAAAUCCAUUGAUAUAAUUAUGUAUUACUACA